AUGCCUUCGCUUAUAGCAGCAUUGCGGCUGCGGGCUCUAAUAAAGGAGGUUUUCGCCGAGCCGGAACUUCUAAAAACGGCACCUUCCGGCGAAGUCGUGGCUAUUCUUGAAGAAAUCGCCGAAACCAACCCGUACUACGCCAGAACCUUCCUUGGAGAAUACGUCGACUGGCUUGAAGCGAAUCCGGAGGACGAAGAGGGCGACGAAAGCGAGGAAAACAGGUCCGAAGAGAAGAGAAAUAAGUCUGAUGAAGCCGUGGCUGCACUCGGUGAAUUGACUUUGAAGAACGCAGAUGGUGACGAAAAAGAUGGUACUGAGAGUCCGGAGGAUCUGACAAAAACUCACCAAAAACAUACCAACUCAAUCACACCAUCAUCCACCAAACACAUCCUGAAAACAGACCCAUACGAGCUUCUUUGCUCGCUUCUUUCUGCUAAACCACUAACCCCAACUACCCCAGAUCUACUACAGUAUCCAAUUGACAGCUCCACUUGGGUUUCAAUCCAAGAAACGCCUCGUGUCAUUUCCGGUCAGGGAACCACGGGAGCUCGAACAUGGAAUGCUGCUCUUCUACUAGCGCUUCUUCUCAAUACGGAAUCUCGAUUUGAGGGUGCUUUCAAGGGUUCUACUAUUCUCGAAUUGGGCGCUGGAACGGGCCUUGUUUCAGCUGCUCUAGCAAAAAAGUGGUCUCAGCAUAACCCCAAGAAAAUUAUCAUAACCGAUGGAGACGCUGGGGUUGUCGAGAAGCUCCCUCUUACAGUUGAGCUCAACGGUGUGGGAUCCCACAAUAUCGAGUGUGUUCAGUAUCUCUGGGGCGAAACGCAGCUAGAUGAGAAAGUUGAUGUUGUGCUAGGUGCUGAUAUCGUCUACGAUCCAAGCGUGUUGGGAAUCUUGCUUGAUACCUUGGCAGGUUUCUUCGAUGCUGGUGCCCAGUACGCUAUAAUAUCCAGAAGCGACAGAAACCCAGAAACAACGAGACAGUGGGAAGAAAAGUGUGAUGAGAGGUUUGAAAGAGAAGUCACAAGGGUGGAGGAUCCGGUGAAGUCGACGUUGCCGUGUUGGUUCCACUCAGGAGCCAAUGAUAUCACCGUAGAGAUCAUCAGGGCGAGAAGGUGA